CACAUAUGUUCAGUGCCCAUUACGCAUAUGCGAGCAUUUAUCUAUAGUUCAUGUCACGUGUACUGUAGAAAAUGUGUGCAUAAUACAUAAUACGGAACGCAGCCUAUUCUUCUUUUUCUUUAGAUGUGAUUUCGAUUUUCAAACAAUAAAGCAAAAGUUUAAGAACGUGUCUAAGUAUGGAAUCCAAGCAAGUUGAGAAUACUCAUAAUGAAAAUAACGAGAAAAUUACUUGGAAAGAUUUAGGCAUUGUAGACACACUUUGCAAAGCUUGUCAUGACUUAAAAUGGGAAGAACCUACAAAGAUUCAACGAGAAGCUAUUCCUUUGACACUUGAAGGCAAGGAUGUAAUAGGACUAGCAGAGACUGGAUCGGGAAAAACUGCUGCUUUUGCACUGCCUAUGUUGCAGGCAUUGUUAGAAAAUCCACAGAGAUAUUUUGCACUUGUACUGACACCUACAAGAGAACUGGCAUUUCAAAUUUCGGAACAAUUUGAAGCAUUAGGUUCCAGUAUUGGUGUGAAGUGUGCAGUAUUAGUAGGUGGGAUGGACAUGAGUGCACAAGCGCUACUGCUCAGUAAAAAACCUCAUAUCAUUAUUGCCACACCUGGAAGAUUGGUCGAUCAUUUGGAAAAUACAAAAGGCUUUAGUUUACGAAACUUAAAAUUUCUGGUUAUGGAUGAAGCAGAUCGUAUCCUAAAUAUGGAUUUCGAAGUGGAAGUUGAUAAAAUUCUCCGAGUAAUACCACGAGAAAGGAGAACAUUACUAUUUUCCGCGACCAUGACUAAGAAAGUGCAAAAACUACAACGUGCAUCUUUACGAAAUCCUGUGAAAGUCGAAGUAUCUACCAAAUAUCAAACUGUAGAGAAACUGCAACAAUAUUAUUUAUUUAUUCCAGUGAAAUUCAAGGACGUGUAUCUGGUGCAUAUCUUAAAUGAGUUGGCUGGCAAUAGUUUUAUGAUAUUCUGCGCAACCUGCAAUAAUACUGUCAGGACUGCUCUAUUGUUACGAAAUCUGGGUUUCAUGGCAGUGCCCUUGCAUGGACAAAUGUCACAAAACAAAAGAAUCGCUGCGCUUACAAAAUUUAAAGCGAAAAAUAGGUCUAUAUUAAUUUCAACGGACGUUGCUAGUAGAGGUCUCGAUAUUCCGCACGUAGAUAUUGUUAUCAAUUUUGACAUUCCCACGCAUAGUAAGGAUUACAUACAUAGAGUAGGUAGAACUGCACGUGCAGGUCGAUCCGGUCGUUCUAUCACGUUUGUUACACAAUACGAUGUCGAGCUAUAUCAACGAAUAGAACAGCUGAUAUCGAAGCAGUUGCCAUUGUGGCCUACAGAAGAGGAGGAAGUAAUGUUACUACAAGAAAGAGUAAUCGAGGCACAACGAAUAGUAAAAAUGGAGGUGAAAGACAUCGAAGAGAACAAAAAGUCGGGUAAAAGGAGAAAGCGUGCUGACGACAAUGAAGAUGACACAGAACAAUCGAUUGGAGUAAGAAAACGAAUCAAAGGAAAUGGCAAGAAAAUGGGGAAAAGAAGAUGACGUCGUUAUUACACGCCGCUUCUAUUUCAGCAUCAUCACGAAACGGGAUCGUUCACGAGAAGAAAUGCAGAGACAAAGGAAAGCACGACCGUCCCUAUAGCAAGAAGGUGUACGACGCGAACGUUAUGAUCGUUAACUACAGUCUUUAUACUACUACUGUAAAAUUGCUAAUCAAUCAAUUAGUUUUCAUAAAACUUCUAUAGAAAAUCAAUAAUCCAUUGUACAAGUUUCUGUAAUACAAAAUACGGUACAAGGAAACUGUCCCUUCAAAAUUUACAACUACGAUGUAUCCUCUAGUUACUACGAGAUUAUUAAUCAUAUAAAGUGUGUGGCAACAGAUUCUUAUUCGCGUAUUACGUAAGAUAUAACAAACGUAAACGUGCACUACUUGGGAAAUACUUGGAUGCUGCGGCUAUUGUUUCGUUGCAAAAAGAAGCACUAAUUAAAAUUAGACAUUACGAUGUCAAAAUGUGGUCAUACUGACCACCACGCAUCUAAAACGGUUAUUGAAGCAUUGCGGUUAUUAAUAGAUAUAUUUUGAAUCGUGUGCAAGCGAAUAUUCAUCGAAUAUUCAUCGUCCGACGCGCUCGGGACAUUUGCCGAACGAGUUGAAAUUGUGAAAUGUCUACAAAUUGUAUGUUUAUAAAUUCGUAAGUGUCGUAGACAUUUUGCCAUGAUGUAUUUAUGAAUGCAUAAUAUGCCUGCUGGAUCACUUAAAAUAAACUCGGAGAUUACGUGGUCGCGCGCGGUAACAAAUAAUAUCGAUUGCCGCAGCUUUUGCUGUGUUUGCAAUAAGAGUAUUUGCUUAGAGUACAUAUAUACGCUACGCUCUUUAUUCUGUAAUUAGAUCUCUCUAUCCAUUGAACAAUCGUAUUCGAAAAUCUCAACUUGAUUUUUAUUAUAAGAGGGCUGUACAUAUCUAAUUCUCGUUGUCGAAGGCUUUUACACGACGGUGAACAACGCGCCUACGCAAAAGGAUUGUUUCGAUCUGCGUUGUGUAAUGGACGACUUUGUCCGAAAUGAUUUAUUUCAAAUCACCGAUAUUCUCUUUCUAUAUAUAUGUGUUUGUUGUGUGUAUGUGUGUCAUGUGGCGCGCGCAUAUAUAUUUAUGUGUGUGUAUCACCGAGUACUUCAAAACUUGUAAUGAUGAUAUCAACUAAUGUCUUUGUAAUAUUUCACAAUUAUAAAAAAAAAAAAGAGUACUCUGAUGUAUACAUAUA